AUGGCGAUCGUACACCACUCAAUCCUUAUCCUACAGACCCCUAUCUACCGGUACUGGAAGCAAUGGCCAAAGGGAGAACUCACUUCAAUUGGAAUGCAACAACAUUACACGCAAGGAGUGAAACUUCGGCAAAGAUAUUCUGGCACUUAUGGAUUGAUCAACAAAACGUUUACUAGGGAGGAGGUAUGUCAAAGUUGGGAAGCAUUCACGCUUCGAUUCUUAGACCGCGUGACUGCAACCGAACAUCGCCAUUCUGGACCACUGCAACUGUCAAGAGCAGUUUUCCGAUGUGAUUCUGCGGAAGAGCUGUCGUAG